CUGCUCCCGAGACCCCUUCGGCGUCCGCGCCUCCGAUGCAGCGGAGAUCCAGCUCGCAGCCCAGAGGGCCGAAUCCGAGAGCCGUCGAUAGCAGGGCUUCCUUCAUCGCGACCCCCGACCGAUGGGAAACCUCGAGGAGCUCCGCCGCCUCCUUCGCGUCCUCAGCAGCCACGGCCGGCAGCACGUCUUCGGCGCCUAAGCGGAGCUCGUUCAAGGCCUUCCUUAAGGCGAUCGUCUUGUUCUUCUCUACCACUAAGCCCGGGAUUACGUCGGCGAGGCCUAAAACUACUCGAAGCCUCGAGUCUCCUUAUGCAACCCCUGUUCGUAAUUUUCAUGGUAGUUUGGGGACAUCAAAAAACGGGGCAUGCCAUGGCGGAGACUCGCCAUGGAGGAAAGAAACUGGGACUAUGCAAUUCAACAUGGAGGAGAUUUUGCAAGCAACUAAGAACUUCUCCCCUUCAUUAAAGGUUGGGCAAGGUGGGUUUGGGACAGUUUAUAAAGGGACACUCGAUGAUGGCACACUCAUUGCAGUUAAACGUGCCAAAACGAGCAUGCAUGACAACCAUGUGAGUGUGGAGUUCCAGAGUGAGAUCAAAAUAUUGGGACAGAUUGAACACUUCAAUUUGGUCAGGUUCUUUGGUUAUUUGGAGGACAAUGAUGAGAGAGUCAUUGUGGUUGAAUAUGUGCCUAAUGGAACACUCCGAGAGCAUCUUGAUGGUUUUCGUGGAAGCUAUCUUGAUCUUUCAUCACGACUUGAUAUUGCAGUUGAUGUAGCUCAUGCUGUCACAUAUCUUCACAUGUAUGCAGAUAAUCCUAUUAUCCACAGAGAUAUCAAGUCAUCUAAUAUUCUUCUUACCGAAAACCUGCGUGCCAAGGUUGCUGAUUUUGGCUUUGCCCGACUAGGUGUAAAUGAGGCUGGAGUUACCCAUAUUUCCACCCAAGUUAAAGGAACUGCUGGUUACUUGGAUCCGGAGUAUAUUCGAACUUAUCAACUUACGGACAAAAGUGAUGUAUUCUCAUUUGGUGUGUUAUUAGUAGAAUUAAUAUCUGCACGCCGCCCCAUAGAGCGUAAAAGAAUACUCAAGGAAAGGGUAACAAUAAAAUGGGCGAUGAAGAAAUUCAGAGAAGGAAAGACAAUUCAGAUUUUGGAUCCGAAUCUUCCACAAACACCAGCAAAUAAUCUGGCUUUGGAGCAGAUCAUCGAGCUGGCUGUGCAGUGUUUAGCUCCUUUCAGGCAGAGCAGGCCCUGCAUGCGGAGCUGUGCAGAGAUAUUAUGGAACAUCCGAAAGGAUCACAGGGAGCUGUUAUCUUCAGAUCCCCUCUCCCAGACUUCCCAUCAAAGAACCCUUCCAUCGGCGGCGACAAGAGUUAUAUUUAAGUAAGAUCUGCACACUGUAGUAAGCAGCUCAACUUGCAAAUUCAGCAUUCUCAUCAUCAUCAUAGGAUUGGAUUAUGCUGGUAAAUUGCUUUCAAAGAUGGGAAGAUUAACAUUUUGAGAGGGAAUGCAUGUAGAGGUUAUGUUAAUGGUUUGCAUAGAUGAAAUUAUACAUAUACAUAUGUAUGAUACAAGUUCCAAACUCGAUUGACAUGGGAAGCUUGGAUUCCUUUGUAGUUAAAUUUUCCUAUAUAUUUAUACGUCUACAACAAAUGCCUUCCCUU